AACUCCACAGUUGCUGGUUUUAGGUUUAGUUUAGCCGACAUCAUGGUGUCAGAGAGGGACGUUCUUGGGGCUGCUGCGGUUUUCCUUUUCGCCCUCAUUUCACAGAGUGAGGGUAUCGUUGGCGGCAGAGAGGCAGCGCCUCACUCCCGGCCCUACAUGGCCUCCAUCCAGGUGCCGGAGGGAGAGAACAUGAAACACGAGUGUGGAGGGUUUGUGAUUGCAGAUCAGUGGGUGAUGACUGCAGUACACUGUCUGCCAGCAGGGGCGAAUGGAAGGAAAGUGGUGCUGGGUGUCCAUUCUCUGAGUCAAGAUGAAGAGACAAAGCAGACAUUUGAUAUUUUGGAACUUUACAAUCACCCUGACUUCAGAAUGUCAAAUUACGAUAAUGACAUCACUUUAAUUAAGUUGGAUCGCCCAUUCAACGCCUCUAAAGCCGUUAAAGCAGUGGACUUUCUGCGAGCGGGAGGCACAAGCCCCAGCACGCAUGCAGAGGUGGAGACGGCCGGGUGGGGGUCCCUCGAUAACCUGGGGUCCAGACCAGACAAGCUCAAAGAGGUGGUCAUCGAGGUGGGCAGCUCGGCUCGGUGCAGACGCAGCGACUACUUUGGCGGAAAGUUCACCAGCAACAUGAUAUGUGCACAUCGACUAUGCCCACACCCCUGUGAGCAACCGCAUAAGACAGAAGACAGCUGUGAUGGUGACUCUGGGGGUCCUCUGCUCUACAAUGGCAUCGCGGUGGGCAUCACGUCCAAUGGAGGAAAGAAGUGUGGCCAAGUGAAAAAGCCUGGCAUUUACACCAUCAUCUCCCACUACACUGAGUGGAUCGACAGCAUCAUGGCCCUGCAGCCCGAUGCAAUGCCAGACCAGAGCACCUAAAUGGCGGCGGCCAUGUUUCCACCGCAAUCAGCGUGAGAAAAAGCAUGGCUUCCCCAGUACGGGAAACAUACUGCAACCACCUGUACAAACAGAUUAGCCAUCACUUUAUAAAGGAAUCAAUUAAAUAGUUUUAUCAUAUUCAGAUGUCUUGAGUUGUUACAAUGACAUGCAGUACAAUAAAAAAGAACCUAUACACACACAGCUAUCAAAUAAAUGUUUUAUUGCAAAUAACAUAAAUUCGUGAUGAAGAGUGUAAUCAUGCUAAUUACAUUUGCUAACUGCUAACAAGCUGUCACUUGGUCUCACUCACAAGAUUCAGCUCAACAGCAACCGCAUCUUUUGAAUUUGCAUGAACAUGUUUUUAUUCACAAAUGUAUUUUUGGAUUGCAGUGUUCAUAAUAUUGUUCUUAAACCUAUUCUGUUUGAUUGCGUAAUAAAGACACAAAGGUAACCCAAUAGGUGUGCAGGUAUAAACAUCGUAGCAUAUACACAAGUAAGAGUUGCACAAUAACUGAUUUAAUAAAAAAACGUUCAGACAGAC